UGCAGAUUUUCGGGUUGUGAUUUGUUUGUUUUUAUUUUCUUACACAUUAAUCCUACCCUACAAUGUGAUUCAGUGAUUUGUUUAGUUUAUAUACAUCAAAUUCGGUCAUAAUAUUGCCCAAGCAAAGUUUUUAUUACAUUUUAUAAAAAAAAUCAAAAGCCUGCCGGCUUAGUUUUUUUAUGUAGGCUUAUAAAAUAGAAUGACCUUGUUUACCAAUUUAGUUUUAUUAUUGUAUUAUUUGCCCCUCGAAUUCACUUUUAAAUUAAUUUAAAAUCUAAUGAAGAUUAGUUAAUAUAAGUAAGCUUAGUUCAGAACUAGGCCUGAUUAAAACAAUAACUGUACAGUCAUGUUCAAAACAAGUUUAAACUUUAUAAACACCAACAAAACUAUUCCUUCAAUAACUUCAAUUAACAACUUGUUAAACAAUGCGAAAACUGUGUCAGCUUUCCAGCAGUCCAAUUAUGCUGAAUCAAGAUCUUUUGGCUUUGAUAAUUCUGCACAGAAAUUACCUGAGUCUACCAGAGUUAUUAUAUGUGGUGGAGGUGUCUUAGGAGCUUCAGUAGCAUAUCAUUUAGCUGAGUUGGGAUGGGGUCAAGACACAAUUGUUUUGGAACAAGGAAGAUUGGGAGGAGGAAUGACAUAUCACUCGUCUGGCCUAGUCGGAGUGUUCAAGCCCAGCAGAGCCCAAGUUAGAUUGUGCAAGGAAAGUGUGCAGCUCUACAAAGAUCUGACAGCUCAAGGCCAUAAACUGGGUUGGAAACAAUGUGGAACGCUCAAUGUUGCACGCACAAGGGACAGGAUGACUCACUUCCGGAGAAUGAAAGCUCAAUCGAUUGCUCUAGGAAUAGAGUGCCACCUGGUGACUCCUGCCGAGGCACAGAGUUUGUGUUCCAUCAUACAAGUAGAUGACAUUAAAGGAGGAUUGUGGGUACCAGGCGAAGGUGUUUGUAAUCCAUAUGAUAUUUGCAAUUCCCUGCUACAACUAGCGAAAAACAAAGGUGUUCGUGUUAUCGAGUUCUGCGGGGUGGAGCGUGUGCUGUCAGAGGACGACCGAGUGACUGGAGUGGAGACCAACCUCGGCACUGUCAAGUGUCAUGUGUUUGUCAACUCCGGAGGGUUCUGGGCAAGGCACAUCGGCCAGAUGAGUAACCCGGUUGUCAAGGUUCCGUUACACCCGGUGGAGCACUACUAUCUCUACACCAAGCCCAUCGCAGGGUUGGACCCUAUGACUCCAGUCGUGCGAGAUCUGGACGGGCAGGUGUAUGUACGAGAGCAUGACGGCAGUUUGCUAGCCGGAGGUUUUGAACCGGUGGCCAAGCCGGCCUACGAGGAUGGCAGUAUACCUUUAAAGAUGAUGGAUCUGAAUAUUGGAUUGAAACCAAAGAAAAAGAGGGAUGUUGAUUAUGCGGAAGGUGACUCACCAGUAGAGCGUGUGUUGCCCGAGGACUGGGACCACUUCCACGUGCUGCUGGAGCAGUUACUGCACCGAGUACCGAGGCUGGGCAGUGCUGUACUGCACAAGCUCACCAACGGGCCCGAGGGAUUCUCCCCUGACUGCAAGUGGAUCAUUGGAGAAGCCCCUGAGCUGCGGAACUAUCACGUGGUGGCAGGAAUGAAGACUGUCGGAAUAUCGGCAGCCGGAGGUGUAGGGAGAGCCACAGCUGAGCGAAUCAUCAACGGCCUCUUCCCAUACGACAUGUACGAGCUGGACAUCUGCCGCUUUCUGGGAUUGCACAACAACCGCAAGUUUCUUAGAGAUCGCAGCAGGGAGGCUCCAGGUCUUCACUACGCUCUGCCAUAUCCGUUCAGAGAGUUCCGCACAGGUAGAAAUCUGAGGAUGUCUCCCAUAUACCCUAGACUGAGAGAGGCAGGAGCUGUCUUUGGGCAGGUUAUGGGUUAUGAGAGACCGGCCUACUUCGACCCUGAUCAUGUGGAAGAAGGAACAUACAAGGAUGAUGGUCGGCCUUACCGAAUUGCUGAAACAUUUACGUUUGCAAAACCAGACUGGUUUGACUUUGUGGCCAGAGAGUACGAAGCUUGCAGAGAGACUGUGGGCCUUUGUGACUACUCUUCCUUUACAAAAAUAGACCUCACAUCGAAAGGGCAAGAAGUGGUGGAUCUACUUCAGUACCUCUGCUCCAACGAUGUUGACAUUCCAGUCGGAGGUAUCAUUCACACAGGUCUUCAGAAUGAGAGGGGAGGGUAUGAAAAUGACUGCAGCUUGACAAGACUUGCAGAAAACCACUACAUGAUGAUAGCUCCAACUAUCCAACAGACAAGGUGUAAAACCUGGAUCCAACGCCACUUGCCCUCCGACAGCUCAGUGUCCGUGUCCGAUGUCACGUCCAUGUUCACUGCCAUAGCAAUCAUUGGACCCUUCACUCGCACUUUACUCUCCGAACUCACGGACACUGACCUUUCACCUAAGUCAUUCCCUUUCUUCACCUUCAAGGAACUGGACGUGGGCCUCGCUAACGGAAUCAGAACUAUGAAUCUCACACACACUGGCGAGCUGGGAUACGUCAUGUACAUCCCGAAUGAGUUUGCACUUCACGUGUACAAUAAACUGUUGGAGGUGGGUGCGAAGUACAACAUCCGCCACGCUGGACACUACGCCACGCGAGCACUGCGCAUCGAGAAGUUCUACGCAUUCUGGGGCCAGGACCUUGACACCACCACUACCCCACUCGAGUGUGGUCGGACGUGGCGUGUCAAGUUCGAUAAAGGUCCAUUCAUCGGACGGGAGGCGCUGCUGCGCCAGAGAGAGGAGGGGGUGCGGCGCAUGUACGUUCAGUUGCUGUUGCAAGACCACGACCCGGACCUGGAACUGUGGGCGUGGGGUGGAGAGCCCAUCUAUCGAGAUAACCAAUAUGUGGGUGCCACCACCACUACCGGAUACGGGUUCACACUCAAGAGAAUGGUAUGUUUGGGGUUUGUCCAGAACCUAGACGCCCAAGGUAACCCUCAGGUGGUGACCAACGACUACGUGAUGUCGGGCCAGUACGAGGUGGAUAUCGCAGGGAUCCGAUACCCCGCCAAGGUGGGGUUACACUCGCCCAACCUGCCCACCAAGUAUCCGGACCAGGAGCGUGAGGGAUACUUCGCUACCCGUGACAAGAUGGUCACCGAGCCACUACUCAGGGCUAACGUCACCAAGUAGUGUCACCGACGACAGGUCCAGACCAGCCUAACCGAAUGUUCCUAUUUUUACAGCGCCUUUUCAACUCGACACAUUCACUGAUCCAAGUGAAGAACUGUUGGUAUUCAAUGGUCAGGAAUGAUCACAGUAUUAUAAUGGUCUAGUGAGAAUGUCACUGCGAGUACUGCGUGGGUAGGAACAGAUCUAUUAUUACAGAAGAUAUGCUGCUAUUUUAAGUUCUAGAGAUAGUUCAAGUUCAAGCUGAAUAUACAUUUCAAGGGCUGCUUGAUAAUAUCUGUUUUCCUCAAAACGCUUCGAGUACUCAAAGAAUCAAGAAAAGAAACCUGGAAUUUUUAUAUUUUACAAAAUAUGUUGGUAGUUUUAUUGCAUAUUUGUAAAAUUUUGCUAAUCCGAAUUUUCCUGUGAGCAAGUAUAGCUAGUAAUAGGGUAGCAGUACAAAUUCUGCAUUGAGGUUAUUCAGCUAUAUUUUCAUCAUUACGUAUAUUUAUAUGAAGGUCACUGCACGAAAAUGUGAAAUACAUCUUUUAUUUAUAGGAAAACUGGUAAAGGUUAUAAUGAAAUGUCAGUUUUAUACAUUUUACAGAGAAAUAUGUGUAAGUACAAUGGCAUUAAAGUACGGAAUAGUAUGUUUCGGUAGGAUCAAACUAAUUUUUGUUGUAAAGUACAAAGAGAUCCAUUGAUAGUGAACAGGCAGGCAGGUUUUUGUCAUGAUUGUGUACAGAAACAAAACUAUUUUUACGAUAAAGUACCUUCACAAUGUUACUGUUUGAAGGUUAUGUGGGAAAAUAAGUAGAUACGGUUUCAUUAAUAUGCAUGUAAUAAAAGUGUAAUUUAAAAUGUUUUUAGAAGCAAAUUAUAUUAUUUUUUACCAACCCUUGUAAUAACGGAAAAGAAAUAUUGUUCUUUUUAAUUCCGUAACACACUUAGUGCUUGAUAAAGGCCAUAUUUGUGGUCUGAUACUUGGAAGAGUUCAAACAAUAACUCAAAGUUAUGUUAUGUACUCUCUGUGAUUUUUAAGGAUGAGCUUCUUGAGUAAAUAGGACUUAUAUAAUAAUACACAUCUCAUUAAUGACAUUUAAUUAUCAUGGUAAAAUUGACUGAUCAUUUUCACAGCUCUAACUGUUUCUUAAAUUGUUGUUACAAAUUAAUUUUGUCAAUUCACAUUUUUUUUAAUUAAAAAGUUUUUCGUAUUAUAAAAAAGGCAACAAAAACGAUAAAAGUUUAAUAGGAGCACAGAAUUAUGGUAGGUGGAGUGGGGUAAUGUUCGUAAUAAAAGUCAGCUGUUGGUAUAAAAAAAAGAUAAUUUAUUUUCUCAGUUAUCAGCUUGAGAAUGAUGUCAAUACCCGAGAACUCAGCGUAAGGUGAAUGUGAUUGUAGGAUGAGUAUAAAUGAGCGUAUGUAUGAUCCUGUGACUAUCUAGCAAGAUCUAAAGAUUUUAGUAAGUCUUAUUAAGUAAGUAAAUUAACCAAUAUAUUGUAACGUGGAGUCCAAAGCAUAGAGAUUCCAGAAUGGACUAUUUCGGUAGAUUUCUAGCUGCCAAAGCCAAAUUCUAUUCCCCCACCUCCAAAAGAUGACCUGGAUACUAUGUUAUCGAAGGUUUAGUGCGGACACGAAGUAUCCCAGAUAUCCAAUAUAUCCACGAAAUGUUACCUCCAAGUAGCUAGACUACUCACCGUUCUUGUUGGUGAUCAAGUGAAACAUGGAUUUAAUAAUGUUUCACAUGUUGUAUACUAGAGCAAGACUUGGCACAUAAACAACACCAUAUAGAAAAGAAAAUCACAUUAAUCCAAAUAAUCUGACACAAAUCAUAAGUGUGUCAUCCCAUAAAGGCGAACUUGCUGUGGUCCUUAGUGAUCUGUAAUGGUUGACGGUGUCAAAUACAUGAAAUCAUUAUUCUAACGGACUCUAUCUUUAAUAAUUAUCAAAACAACCACUAUGCAGGGUGUCCCCUGUACAUUUUGUUACAAUUAACAUGUGAUGGUUGUAAUAAAGUUAUUUUUUCCCUUAACAUACCUUAAAAUAUGAAUUACAUAUGCUAUUGGCGGGUUUCUUAAUUCUAUAGAAGCAUGCCUUAUUGUAGAUGGCUUAAAAAAAUUGCUCUGUACAGGAAGCCUAAUGAAAAAUCUUAAUGUACUUUCCUCAGUUGUCAGACAAUAUACUGCCUAAAAAUACCUAUUUACUGUUAAGCAACAAGUUUAUAAAUAUAGGCAAUUAUUUUUAAAUGCAUAUUAUGGUCCUAUUUUCAAAUUUUUUGUGGCUUUCUCUUAAAUCACAUGAUAGUUGAUAACACACAUGAUGGUUAGGUUUAAAUAUCAAGUCAUACCUGAUGAACUUUUGUAAGGUUUGUUUUUGUGAAUUUAAGAAAUGGCAGGUGAUAAUUUGUGUACCACAUUCCACUUGUAUUCUGGCUGAAAGGACAAAUGCCUUAUGAACACUGUGUCAUCCAGUAGUAAGUAACACCAAGGUGGCAGUUUUGUAGGAAUUCAAAUUCUAGACUUGGCAAUCAGUUGGUAUUUUGUCACUUUUGUAUUGCCUACGAAAUGACGCAUACAAGUAAUGCAACGUACAUGUUAAUAGCAAAUAAUUUAAUUUUGUAAAUAAGACUGUUAUCAUCAGCAGCUAUUUGUAAUGUUUAUGAAACUGUUUGCAUUUUUACUCAAGUAUAUGUGGCUUAGAGGUAAUCCAUACUAGUUGAUAUUGAAUAUAAGUGCUUUUUUACUCUCCCUGCUGUUUUUUUUAUUUUUUAAUAAAAAAGGAGAGUUUGAUCUCCUUUUUUGUCUUAUUUUACUCGUCCUUAUGGGCCACUUGCUGUUUGAGGAUCGUAUCAAACAGAAUAAAUAAGCUGGUUGUCUGUCUGUGUGUUUGCACAAUAUCUGUAAAACAAAUUGACCUAUAGACUUGAAAUUUUGCAUGACAUACAUUUCUACAUAGUACAAGAAUGGGUUCAAUGAUAGUCAAUCACUGAUACAAUUACUCUUUAGUCUGCGGUUGGGCGUGGUGUACAAAUUUCUCUUCUGUAUCAAUACCUGUCCGCAGGAUAUCUCAAGAAUGGAAUGAGCUAUAGAUUAGAAAUUUUGCAUGGGACCUCAGAGAAGCCUGUUAUAUGUGAUACAUGGUGUGUCGUACCUUGUUAUUAUCAGAGGAAGUGUAGGAGUGAAGAUAUAUGACAAUAUAUGUAAAAAGAACUAGACUGAAUCAAGAUAAUUUUUCCAAUGCAUAAUUUAGCAGCCACCGUAAUAAUAAAUUAUAUUACUUACUUCUUUGAGAACAGUAGCUAGUAGCUAUACCUAUAUAAGACAGAUUAGAGAUAGUAUAAUAUGUAAGCCAGAACUUGUAUGGGACACACAGCAAUUAAACUCAGUAUGUUCAAAGAAGUGUUAAUGUAAUACUUGUUACAUGGAGCAACCUGUUUUAUUGUUCUCUUAAGACAAAAAGCUGAGAAAUUGUUCUUAGUCCUGAAUGGACUUUAGCGUUGCUUCCAAAGUGACAGGGUAUUCUGGAUGAGUAAGGUUGGCGGCAAUGGCUGUCUCCUGUCGAGAUCCUUGAGAAUGGAUUGCGGGCAUUACAUUUUUCCUGUUACCUCGGAAGAAGGGGUGGCCAGCUCUGUACCAGCCUCUCCAGUCAAAGCAGCCAGGGGUGCCACACCCUUAUGUCUAGACUAGCAACAUCCCUUAACACUUAGGAAACCUCACCAACUCCAACAGUUAUCUCCAGCAGUAGACUAGACCUAUCGAGAUACCCUUGCACUCCAAUAUCUUGACAUUUACGGUCGUUGAUGUGCUCCUGGACAUCCAUAAGGUUACCCAGAUUUAAGUGACACAUCGGUUUUUACUGUACCCUGUGUUUGUACGAUUGAGGCAGUAACUAAUAUUGAAGGGGCAGGAUUAGCAGGCAACUGGAGGAACUGGUAAUAAGACGGUGUUUAAGACUAUUGGACUGUUUGUCUGGUUUAGUCGAAGAUCAGAUUUGAUUCAUACUCUGCGACUUAACAAUUAUAUCAUAAGUCAUCAGGCAAUCAGUUCUUGAAAACAGGGCAAGAAAAUGAAGCUUUACAUGAAAUUAGUUUCUUCUGCCAAAGAGAAACUAUUAGAACACCCAAGAAAUAUCUGUGUGAAUAAAAUAAGAUUUUAUAAGAGGAACCUGAUAGUAAAAGAAUUGUUAAGAUGACAAAAGUAUUAAAGAAAAAUCAACUGGAUAAAAUGUUCAAACUUGUAGUGUAUUUUUAAAAUCUUUGAAAAUGAAUUUUUCUAUAGAAACAACUAGAAAACAUUUUGAAACCCUGUAUUUACAGAGUUUUUGAGAAGUAAGACAUUGAUUUUUGUCAGAAGUAUUUGCAGUCCUUAUGGUAAAAAAAUAGAAUAGUGUUUUAUACAGUCAUAUUCUUAGCAGCAAAGCUUCCAAGAUAUAUAGUUAUAUAAAAUAUUUAGAUGUAGUUCACUUAUUUGAUUCAUGAGCUUCCUUACUUAAGAAAAUGCCUGAUAGCGUUUUCAAUUUCUAGCACAUAUUUAAUAUUUAGAAAGCUUAAUUAUGUAUUAAAAGUGAAAAAGUUGAUAAAUAAAUAUAGUUUUAAACAUUAAGUCAUACCUGAUGAACUUUUCUAAGGUUGGUUUUAUUUUGCCAGUUCAUAUUUUUAGUGUCCCAGUUGAUGUAGCAUUAGAUAAGCCAGUACACAAAGAGUAUUUAGUCAUAGAAUUUUCUUAGAAAUCAAUUGCUUCCAAUAUAAAAAUAUGUGUUCCAAAAUAUGCCCUUUAAAUAUAAGUGAGCUCUUUUUGUUUAGAUUUAGUUCUAAGUGAAUUGUCUCUGAAUGAAUUAUUAGUUACAGUUAUGGAGGUUGUUUUUCCUGCUGUACUAAGGGUCAUAUUUAUACUGUUGAAUAAUAAUAGUAUUGAACUACAAAAUACUUUUACUCUUUCUUCCCACAGUUUCGCUGUAAAAUCUGUUGAUGUCUCAUCUUAAAGGAGUGAUUUGUGUAGAUCCUAAUAAUGUAUCUUUAGUUUUUGUUUUACUAUUAAAGAUUAGCGAACAAAAAAUAUUCUGACAUUGUUUUCCAUCUCAUUGUUAAAUUAUUUUUAACAACAUAAUAAUUAUGAAAAAAAUAUAAAAAAAGAACAAAACAACCAAAAGAACACAAAAAUCAAACAUAGGUGCAUAUGAAUCAUACUUUAAAAUGAAACAUCAUUCAAAAUUCUUCAACACGAUUAAAAUCUUUAAUUCAUCAAAUGUGAGUAAAAGCCUUUAUGGCUUUAAAGUGUUCUUACAGGAUCUUAUAUUAAACGUCUGAAUAGUGUCAUAUAACAAGACGUAUUUCAUAUAUAAAUAAUUCUUAAUUCCUCUAGUUUUUUCAUUUUCCCUUUUAUAACAUGAUUUUUGUCACACCCUCUCUAGACGUAGUAACUGUUUGAACUGAAAUAAUGUAAGUGCAGAAGUACAAGUUCAGUAGUAUACGGUGUAGGCAGCUUAGUUUAGUUGUGAGUUUGUUGCCUGAAGUGCAUCAUUCGGUGUUAACUUGUGUUCAUCUUGUUACAAAUGGUCUGUUUCUACAUUUAUAAAAAAACAUAUUUGUAAAUUUACUUGAGGAGUUGUUCGUGUAAUGUUGCUAUCGAUAUAUUUUUCUAUAUUUAGCUGAUCCCCGUAAAAUGUCAUUGAAGUAUUACAGUGUUAUCAUCUACUGCAGUUAUAUUCGUUAUCAAAAUUUAUGUAUACAUAUUUAUUAUUACCGUAAUUUAUUAUUUAUAUUUUAAAGCUCCAUUAAAGUGAUCUGCCUGUUUGUUUUGUGAAUAAUGUCUAUAACCUACGUUACGAUUUGUUUUGUAUAUUGUUUUAAGUAUUUUAACUGUGAUUUGCUAAUUCUAAGUCAUCACUAAUAAUAAAGAGAUUUAGUUUGAA